AGCCCGCCGGGGUCCUCAAUCCUUUAACGCGGACAUGCGCAGAAGAUUUUUCCUCUUUCUCGGUGGACGCAAUGGCGGACUCAGACAAAAAAGUUCAGGCGGUCCCUGAGAGCCUUUUGAAAAGGCGAAAGGCCUUUGCAACCAUGAAGGCCAUUCGCAUCAAGAAGAUGCUUUCUGAGAAGAAGGCCCGCAAAGUGACCAGGACUUUGAUCUACAAGAGGGCCGAGAAGUACCACAAGGAGUACAAGACGAUGUACAGACGUGAGGUACGUCUGGGCCGCACUGCUCGCAAAGUGGGAAACUUCUACGUGCCAGCGGAGCCCAAACUCGCCUUCGUCAUGAGGAUCAGAGGUAUCAACGGUGUCGCCCCCAAGGUCCGCAAGGUUCUGCAGCUGAUGCGUCUUCGCCAGAUCUUCAACGGUGUCUUCGUCAGGCUGAACAAAGCCUCCAUCAACAUGCUGAGGAUCGCCGAGCCCUACAUCGCCUGGGGAUACCCCAACCUGAAGUCUGUGCGUGAGCUCAUCUACAAACGUGGUCAUGGCAGGAUGAGGAAACAGCGCAUCGCCCUCACCGACAACGCUCUGGUGGAGAAGGCUCUCGGCAAAUACGGCAUCAUCUGUGUGGAGGAUCUCAUCCACGAGAUUUACACAGUUGGCAAGAACUUCAAGCCCGCCAACAACUUCCUGUGGCCCUUCAAACUGUCGUCUCCGCGCGGCGGCAUGAACAAGAAGACCACUCACUUUGUGGAGGGAGGAGAUGCUGGCAACAGGGAGGACCAGAUCAACAGAAUGAUCCGGAGGAUGAACUAGACUCAUGAUCCGGAGGAUGAACUAGACUCAUGGUUUGCAAAGGACUCA